CACUGCUAUAAAUGCAGCAGACUCGAGACUAUUGUGUCUGGACAGGUGAACACAGUGAACAGCAUGUUGAUUUUACUGGUAGCUCUUCUGGGUGCUGCAGCUGCAGCACCAUUGGAUGAUAAGAUAGUUGGUGGUUAUGAGUGUCAGGCUCACUCUCAGCCCUGGCAGGUCUCUUUGAACAUUGGCUAUCAUUUCUGUGGUGGUUCCCUCAUCAAUGACCAGUGGGUCGUCUCUGCUGCUCACUGCUGGAUGGAUCCCUAUAGUCAGAUAGUGAUUCUGGGUGACCAUCACAUUUGGAAGUAUGAAGGCACAGAGCAGUACAUGGCUGUGAAUGCCAUCUACUGGCACCAGAGCUAUGACUACCAGACGUUGGACUACGACAUCAUGCUGCUAAAGUUAGCCCACCCUGUAACAAUAAAUGACUUUGUGAAGCCUGUUGCUCUGCCCACUACAUGCCCCACUCCAGGGGAGAUGUGUACGGUGUCUGGUUGGGGCAACAUCUACACAGACUCAGUGUUCAACCCAUUCAACCUCCAGUGUGUAGAGGUUCCUAUCCUUUCUCAAGAAGUGUGUGAGAAAUCAUAUCCAGGACAAAUCACAAACCACAUGGUGUGUGCUGGAUAUCUUGAAGGAGGCAAGGAUGCCUGUCAGGGUGAUUCUGGAGGUCCUCUGGUGUGCAACCGUGUCCUACAUGGCAUUGUGUCCUGGGGUUAUGGCUGUGCUCAACCUGAUUAUCCUGGUGUCUACACUAAAGUGUGUUCUCUUCUACCAUGGAUCAAUGAGAUUCUUAGCAACUAUUAGUCCUCCAGUCUAGGGCUAAUUGUAGUUACUGAGAACUUGUCACCUCAGUUAAGACUGCAAAAUAAAAAAUAAUAUUUGUCUUA